AUGAAUACGAAAAGGGAUGUCAAUGUCAGUCUGCAGCAGCCCCUGAACGAGUCGGAGUCGGAGCCGGACCGGGCACCGAAAAAAUCGAGACUAGAAUUCAGCUCCAACGAUGGCGAUGAUAAGCGCAAUGGUCUGGACCAGUUCGUGGCCUAUCCUAUCCACAAGGUCAAUCGGCUCCUGGAGCCUGGACCCAUUUUGCUUGUGGCGACCGGCUCCAUAGCCCACAAGACGCACAACAUAAUGACAAUGGGUUUCCACAUGAUGAUCCAGCACGAAGGACCAACACUUGUCGGUGCCUGCAUUGGGCCGUGGGACAAGAGCUAUGAUAACUUGAAGAAGACGGGCGAAUGCGUGCUCGCCAUUCCUGCAGUGGAGAUGUUGGAGAAGGCCGUUGAUAUCGGCAACUGCAGUGGGGAAGAUGUCAACAAGUGGGUGAAUUUUGGAAUAACCCCGGUCCCAGCUCCUGAUCCUGCAUCUGCAGAUGGGUUGUGGGAUAGAAAAGGGGGUGAGGAAGGGAGAGCACGGGCGCCUUUGGUUGGAGGGAAGGAUGUUAUAGCCAACAUUCAGUGUAUGGUUGAGGACCGAGCGUUGGUGGCAAGGUACAAUCUGUGGGUGCUGAAGGUGACUGGAGCAUGGAUCAAUAGAGACAUGGAUCUAGAGUAUGGCCAGGGAAGCAGAGACCCAGCAGAUGACGACGAUCGUGUUGGUGGUGGCAAACGAAGGAAGAGGGAAAUGAAGAUGGCUCACCAUCGCGGAGAUGGCCGGUUCGUGAUUGACGGAAAGGAAGUCGAUUUGAGAGAUAGGAUGGUCAAGUGGAAGGAAUUCCAGGAUUAG